CGCGACACCCCAUAACCACAGAUCAAGCAAGACAGCCCGCCAAGAUGUUGUCUAUCCUACGCAAAGCCCGGCUAAAGGACAAGGAGAUGCGAAUCCUGAUGCUCGGUCUGGACAACGCCGGCAAGACGACCAUCGUCAAGCAGAUUAUGAAGGAGGAUGUCACCACCGUCAGUCCGACUUUGGGUUUCAUCAUCAAGACUAUUGAAUUUCAAGGAUAUCGUCUCAAUAUCUGGGACGUCGGAGGCCAGAAAACGCUCCGAUCCUAUUGGAAAAACUAUUUCGAGAAGACUGAUACCCUGGUCUGGGUUGUCGAUGCGACCGAUCGCCUUCGCGUGGACGAUUGUCGAGCCGAAUUGGCGGGUCUGCUUUUGGAAGAGCGAUUGAUGGGAGCAAGUCUGUUGAUUUUCCUCAAUAAGACUGAUGUGGAUGGGUGUAUGACUGAGCAAGAAGUUCGUGAGCGGCUGAGCUUGGACUCGAUUGUUACACAUCGAUGGACGAUAUUGCCGUGCAGUGCGAUGACAGGAAAGAAUCUGCACGAAGGACUGGAGUGGGUGGUGCAGGAUGCGAAGGAUCGACUUUUUCUAUACUAGCUAGCAACUGGACGGGGUUUGUCCGCCCAUCAGCAUUUUGAUG